CCUCCCGCGCAGGUACCGGGGGACAGCCACCGGGCUUCCAAGGGGAGGGCAGGGGUCAGGAAGGAGCAAGGCAACAAGCCACACGGCGCCGACACCGAGGAGGGGCAGCUCCCGGCUCGCCCUCCGGAGGAGGAGCGGCUGUGUGGCGGCGGGAGGGACCCACGCGCGCUCCUGAGCGCGGCGCGGAGCGGAGGUUCCCUCAUUCCUGCUCCAUCCCUGCCUCUCUCCUCACCUGGCCGCCGCUCCCGGUGGGCGCGCUACCCCCUCGCACCUUGGCUGCCCCCGCCCGCUGCAUGCAGCCCCAGGAGCGCCGCAGCCCAGGAGGAUACGCUGGAAUUUAAAGUUUGGUGAUCCAUCAUGGGGAACCAUGUAGGAAAACGAGAGCACAGCACAGAGAAGUCAGCCAAGAAUGCUGAAACCAAGGUGGAAGAAGCAGCUAAGGAGAGUCCAAAAGCAGCCAGACUAACACAGCAGUCAUCAGAGGACAAUGAAGUAUUUGGAGAGGCAGAUGUGAACCAGAACAAUGGGACCUCCACGAAGAGCCCAGCGGUGACAGACUCCAAAGGCACAGCAGACCCAAAGAAUGCCUGGCCCGAGGCCAACCCAGCUGACAGGACUGGUCGCCCCCACUUGAUCCGCCUCUUUUCCCGAGAUGCCCCAGGAAGAGAAGACAACACCUUCAAAGAUCGGCCCUCCGAGUCAGACGAGCUACAGACCAUCCAAGAGGACAGUGCAGCAGCUUCAGAGAAUUCGGAUUUGAUGGCUUCACAAAAACGCUCCUCUUUCCGGCACGGAUCAAAACUGGCGUCUGCGAGCACUAUAGACCAUGCCAGACAUGGAUCCCCACGGCACAGAGACUCGGGUCUACUUGACUCGCUGGGCAGAUUCUUUGGAGGUGAAAGGCACGUUCCCCGCCGGGGCUCGGGCAAGUGGCCAACAUACCACCAUACUACCAAGGACAUACAUGCAGCCAGGGUCAGCCACCACGUCGGGUCCAUCCCCCCAAGAUCUCAGCAUGGCCGGCCUGUUGAUGACAACCCUGUAGUCCACUUCUUCAAGAACAUUGUCUCACCCCGUACACCACCUCCAAUGCAAGCAAAGGGAAGAGGAUUAUCCCUCACCAGAUUUAGCUGGGGUGGUGAAACACACAAGCCAGGAUAUGGAAGCGGAAAAUUCUAUGAGCAUAAAUCUGCUCAUAAGGGACAUAAGGGAUCCUAUCAUGAGGGCCAGGGCACUCUUUCCAGAAUCUUUAAACUGGGAGGCUCUGGGUCCCGACCUGGAUCGCGGUCUGGUUCCCCCAUUGCUAGGCGCUGAAGCUCCAAGAUGCCACCCAAGAUCAUGUACUCUGCUUCAUAAUAUAACUGCCUUAAAAUUAGUAACAGCUGCCACAAUUACCUAGAUAGAUGCAAUCCAUUACUUAAUGCCAAUUAGGUUCUGCAUGCAGUAGAUGAUACAAACUUCUAUUGGCAAUCCCUGAGCAACAGUUGAAUGAAAGGAACACAAAAAGUAGCUUUGCUAGAUGUUUUCCUUAUUUUAUGUGAAGUAACAAGAUCUCUGACUUUACCCCUUCUUCUUCAGGAUGCCCUAACUGUAUGCUGGACUCCUUUAUUUCUCCCAAGCACCUAAUUUAAGCUCAACCCUUCUGGUUUCUUUUUAGUGAACAUCAGAAUUACAAAUAAAGAGCUAUAAUGUCUUGGA